CAAUGGAAGAUGAAAGCUUUAAAAUUAGUGGAAAACACUCAAUUAAAAAAAUUCACUGAAUAUUGAGAUAAUAUUGAAUAUAAGAUUCACUGAUAAAUUAAGACAAGUCUGGGAAGAUAGAGCAAAUGUACUUUAAACUCAAAAUAUCCAAUUUAGAAGAGAUAGCACAAGAUCUAUAACCAAAGUGGAUAUUUUGCUACAGUUGAAAUGAUGUGAAAAUAUCAAUAAUGUUAAAUAUAGGACUUAGCUCAGAAAGUUUGAAGCAACAGCAGGUGGAGACGAGCACCAGCAUGUCCAUGCAGGUGGUGCGGAUCAGGAUGAGAACCUCAAACCAAGAUUCUGGAGACCAGCAGGAAUCCAGGACGACUCUAGGCUGACAACAGUGAACCCCUCACUGUUAUAAGAAACUGAUGAAACUCCGACAAGGACUCUCCAAAGGCAAUGGCGAGAUUGAAUCCGAACGUACGGUAGUAGCGUUACCAGAUACAAGACGAUGUGAAAGAAGAAAUCGAUUCUUCAUUGAGUAGCAUUGCAAAAAAUCCAAAAUUGCGAGCUAGAUGCGAGAUCCAAAACAUAAGUUGAAUUUGGAUUGAACACUGAAUGAAUGAAGAGGUUUCAACACUGAAGAAAAGUUUCAUGUACACUGCAAGGUUGUGAUGCACAUGAAAACUUGGAAUGAAGAUAAAUCAAAUACUAAUGAAUCAAUUUUGAAGCGGUGAACGGCGAGAUGUAUAGCACAGAUUGAUCUGUCGAAAUCAAUGCUAACAGUGACCAUACUUCAUAGAAAUACUUGAAGUUUUGAAGAAACAUUUGGGACUUCGAAAAGUUGAUGCACAAGAGACAGAAACAAGCCAGAAGAAUGAAGUACAGUUUAGGCUUGGAACCAAAAAAGCAACAAGAAAGGAAAUGACUACAUGAUUCAAAAUACUGUCAACACAUAACUGAACAAUCACACUAAUAUAAUGAGAAAAAAUCUAUUUGAAAAUGAUUACAAAAGUGAAUAUAGAUUAUUUAUCUAUAAGAAUAUCUAAAAGACAAAAUUGAGACAAAAAUGAAACUACAAGUGGUCAUGAAUUCUAAACUGUGAUACAAAAGGCAGUGAGUUGCAGACAUUAAAACAAAAUGACAGCUGAUAGAAAAACAACAUCGUCUAUUAACAUAAAAACAAAAUAAAUAGGUAACCUAAAAAGUGAAAUAAGGUAAGUGAGAUUUAACAGUGUAGUUGGUUUGACAUUUUUUACACAUAUCAUUUUUUGGCUUCUGAAUGAUAAUUUCCGGACAGAAAUGCAACCACAUCCUCUGAAAUGAUCUGUCAGAUAUGACACUAGCCCCAUCUGCCUCACAACACGCUUUGUAUUUUAAAUAAAUGGAAAUUUUGCUGUCAGAUGUUGGCAGUAAUUUCACAGCAGCACCUUUGUACUGAAUGGACUGAUGCCCAGGAGAAGAGAGAAAUGUGUAGAGGAAGUGAAGCAGGACCCGAAAGGAGCAAUGUAUCUUGAUGGCGAGCCAGCCACGAGGCCUACUGAUAAGAUGCAAACCAAUCGCGGGUCUUGCCGCGUUUAUUAUCCAAAGCUGCCAACCAAAGGUCCUCAACUUGACUCUUCGAUGGCUUGCUAUGAGAAGACAAACGAAUGUAAGAGCUAUUCUCCGAGAGUGAGCAAGUUUUCGCGAUCAGCCGACUGCCCAUGCCAGGGCUGCAGAUGCACCAAGUCGUGCCAGGCGACCGGGCCACACUGUCACGCGAUGAACAGCGCUGAGGAGUGUGUCAAAGACUACUGCAACUAUCCGCACUUCGAGCCACUGGAGGCGUGUCCUGAAGGCAACGCGUGGUCCGGCGAGGUCUACACUGACUGCAAGUGGCCCGCACCCUGCCCGGCGGCCUGCUUUGACCAUGCGCCGCCCUCCGACUGGCACGGACAGUCCCGGAGGCAGUUGGGUUGAUCCCGCAAUUCUACUGUCAUCGAGGUUCGCCGUGGGAAAAGGUAUCGACAAAACUAAUGAUGUUAACACUCUGACAAUAUUUAUUAUCAAGGUUGACAAGGAAGACUUGGAAAGAGGCAUUGACAAGAAUCUUGUAGAUAACACUUUGACAAUAAUUAUCAACAAGAAAAGCCUUGAGAAGAGAAAUCUAGAAGAAAGUUGCAAAUAGUUAUUGGGGUGUACAGUGGAGCCUCGUGGAAAGGAAUUGCCAGUAAUAUUGUCCAUGUGGGAAGGGAUUGUCAAGAAUGUUGCAGACACAAAUUUAUAGCUAUCAUUAUCGACAGGUUUACAAUAGUCUCUCUUAUGGAAUGUGAUUGUCAAUGAUGUUGCCAACCCUUCAACAAUCAUCUAGUUUUACAGUAGAGACUUGUGAGAAGGGAUUGUCAAGAAUUGUGUCAACACUUCAACAAUCAUUAUUGAGGUGUACAGUAGAGCCUUAAUGUAAAAAAGGAUUGCCAAUAAGAAUCUUGUACACAUUCAAAAAACCGCUGAAAAUCAGUGUCAUUAUCGAUUUUUCCAAUUGAUCCAGAAUGGAAUAAACCGAGUUGUUCAAUUAGCAGCCGAGUUGUUCAGGAUGCGGCCAGAUUGAAGAGCACAUCAUAAUAGAAUUUUACAUUACGGGUUGAGCCUUCUGUAAUUGGCAAGGUGGGAUCAGAAAGAGCUUUACAAACACCGAAAUUUAACAAGACACUAGAAAAAAGCACCAUUGAUGAUGUUUCUAAAUACAAUCCAGUAUUUGAGAUCGACAAUAAUAUUCGGCAAAAACAAAAACACUGACUUCAAUCAAUGUUUAGUUAAUUAAGUAACUGAAAGAUGCCAAAGAUUUUUCCAAUUUUGGGCAUCUGGAAAGUUGGUUUAAACAAGAUUAAGUUUAAACAAGACCAUUAAACAAUGUAAACCUAUUGCUGUCAAUAAACAAAGAGCACACGUGUUA